ACUACUUAURAAACGGAAGCAGAAAAACGAGUGAUCGAGACAAUACGACCAAGCUUACCACAGACUCAUAUUAUAAAUGUUAAUAAUUAUAAAAGUUAUAUUCUAAAUAUUACAAAAGGAAAAGGUUUAGAUUUUGUAGUUGCAAACUAUUCCAUCUUAGACGAUAUGGAAAAUUGUUUGGACAUUGUUAAAACUUUCAAACAUUUGGUAAUGAUUUACGAUUCUAAAAGGUCUAGUUACAAUCCGUUACCACUAUCUAAUUUUAUACGAUUCAUAAGUAUAUACAGCUACUGUGUACAAGACCUUCUUAAGUUACCACAAGAAAAGAAAAGAGUAUUAGCGGAACUGGUAAGAAAGGCUCUACAAGCAGGUACAUUAAAUUCAAUUAUAUCACGAAGAAUUAAGSUGGAGGGAGCAACAGAAGAGAAAAACACGGAUGCUUGUGAACGUUAUGGAAAAGUUUUGGUAAACUUGCAAGAAGAACGAAAAUUCUCCAAUUUCAUUCCUCAAUUUUGCUUACAUAGCGAUAAAUGCUACCUCAUCAUCGACGGUUUCAAUACCUUUGGCAGAAUACUAAUCGAGUGGAUGAUCGAGCAAGGAGUUAAAAAAUUAAUCAUUGCUUCAAAUAUGUCAAUACAAGACCACGAAAACUUGGUCCUUAAGUGGCGUAAAAAUGGAGCAACGGUCAUUGUUCGACAUGAAGUGGACUUAAGCAAAGAAACAAACAUUGCAGAAYUACUUAAAGAAGUUUUAAUAAUAGGUCAACUCGAUGGUAUAUUCGAUUUACAGAGAACGGAGAUAGAUUCGUCGAUUUCUUCGUUAAAGUAUUUCAAAGUUWCUGAAAUACUCGAUAAAUAUAGCAGACGGCUAUGUCCCUCACAUGUAAAAUUCUUUAUUUUCUCUUCACUCAACUUGAACGAAGAUUGUUUAAGAGACACUARUGUUGAAAAAUUAUGCAAAGAAAGAAAAGAAUCUUCCUUUCAUGGAUUAUUUAUUUUAAUGCAUAAUGUUUUGGAAAAUGCUCUAACAGAGACUAAAUUUAAAAAUGUAUAUUAUAACAAAAUUUCAUUGUUUUUAAAAAAACUAAGGUCUAUACUUUGUACAGACUCUUCAGUAAUUGCUGUCCGAUAUAUAAGAAAAAAUCAUUACGUAGAUGACAACGAGAAAAAUAUCGUCGUUGGGGAAACAGACAAGUUAUGUAAGUGUACUUUGGAGAUUUAACGAAUAAAACCAUAUAAUUUGUUUAUGUUCAUUGCUGUUCUCGAAUUUUUGUUUGACUUAAGUUAUUUGUAGCGUCUCGCACCAGCGCAGUGCCGACACCUCUCGGCCGACAGCGCGCAGCUGUAGCAGCGCGAGUGUAGCGGUACGACCGAUGGUCGCGCUCUCUAAAGUCACUAGAAGGCUAGGGAACCACGCUAACAAGUAGUGGUCACCAGACUAGAACAGUAUGUGCGUAGCCGUUGAGAAGUGUACAACUAAGAAAAAGAAACCCUCUACACGAGCAGGAAAAGUGCUGACACCUCUCGGCCGCCAGCACUAACGUACUCAGGCACCUCGUGAUGCGGUCCCGCAGGGGCAUCUGAUUGGCCUGACCACGCCUUUGAUUGGUCAGAGCGGAAGAGUGACCACUGCGACCGUUGCUCUCUCUACUUCCGGAUGCCUGGAUCGCCGUGGCGGUGCACACGCAGAAAAACCACCUCACUCUUACUUCGUCCGUCGCACCGUCCGGUCGCGCUCUUCUCAUCGCGCUCUUGCAUUAACAUUAUUUUCUGUACGUAAGCACGUGGCACACCACGCCGAUAAAUAAAAUCUCGUCCCACGGGAUCGAAAACAAAAUCGGAAGUUUCUUUCCUCCUCACGGAGUCUCAUUGGCCCAUUCCUUUCUCCGCGGCCCGUUCCUCGCGUUAGUGAGAACGCACCUUAACGCGUCUAGUGUCUAGGGAAAGAAAUUCCCAAAUAUUUAUUUCAUUAACGCGCGCGCGCGAAAUGGAUUUUUCAUUGACACACAGACUCAUCCAGAAACAAAUUUUCAGCGAUUAAUU